GAGGACGUAGCACAGACAACUUCAUCUGCCCCGGGCUGCUGACGCGCGAGCCACAGUCGGUUGUUUACCCGCGUUCGCUUGUAAUUUGAACAAUCAACAACAACAACAACAACAACAACAACAACAAUGGAAGGAACCGUGUGCAACAUUCAGGUGCUUCUCCGGGCUGCCGAGUUUCUGGAGAGAAGGGAGCGAGAGGCAGAACAUGGGUACGCUUCAGUCCUGCCUCUCAGCCCGGGCCACUCCGAUACGAGGAGCAAACAGAAGAGCAAGAAGAUAUCUGCUGGUGGCAAUAGGUCGGUUCACAACGAGCUGGAAAAAAACAGACGAGCUCAGCUGAGGCACUGCCUGGAGCAGCUCAAGGAACAAGUCCCGCUCUCAUCCGACUCGAUGAGGAACACCACGCUCAACUUGCUGAGACGAGCCCAGCUCCACAUAAAGAAGCUGCAGGAGCAGGACGAGCGCGCGGAGCAGCUGAAGGGCCGCCUGCGCUGGGAGCAGAGGGAGCUGCGGGUUCGGCUCGAGCAGCUGCAGAGAGGCUCGGAGAGGAUGAGGAACAACAGCCAGGGGUCGACCAUGUCCUCGGAGAGGUCGGACUCCGACAGAGAGGACGUGGAGGUUGACGUGGAGGGCAUCCUGUUCGACUGUGUGGACUCUGACGGACUGAGCAUUGCACACACUGACGCAGACCACUGUUACUCAAACAUGGACAAGGCCUGGCUAUGACGGCAUGUGAUCCUGCACUAACUCACGUGCCGUCGACGGAUGGAAAAGGAAGAGGAGAAAACAUUCCAAAAAAAAACAAGCAAAUGGAGGACGAGGGACAAUUGGGUGGGGGGGGGGGGGGGGGGGGGUUGACUCUAUAGCUGAACACUUUCUUUUUUUUAACAGAGGGAGUAACUUUUGAUGUUCUCCUUUCAAAUGAUGUCAGACUACAAGCUAAACAAUAAUGUUGGGUAUGAAUGAGCUGUGUCCAUUUGCACUGAAACGCAGUUAAAAUCACUGGGCUGAGAUGGAUGUAACCUUGCGCAUAUAUAUCUCUUUGGCAUCAACCACUGAUGGGUGAUCUUUUUUUCUUUCUUUUUUUCAAAGCCACGAGGUCUUUGUAACAAUGAUUCAAACAGUUUCUUCACCUUUUUAAGGGCUCUUCUAAAUCCAAAUAAGGGCUUUUUAUUCAAAACUCGUAACUUAUUCUUUACUACAGUAUGUCUGUACUGAAUUCUGCCUUAAAUCAGAUCCGGUCUAGUAUUCUAUACAGCUUGUCUUUAGCACUAAGUUUAUUUUUCUGUAAUGUCACGUGUAGCACGCACUUAAACAUUAAUCUGUGCUUUGUUUUGUACUAUUGUCCGAAUAUGUAAGCUCAGUCAUGUAUUUUGUUCUUUUUUUCCUCUGUUGCACAAAACGAUCAGAAGUUCCACUUGUUUUAACUUGGAAAGAUUGUGGGUUUAUCAACAUGAAAAAACAGUGAAGAGAAAUUAACCGGUCAUGUUUGCACAUUGAUAUCUGGCUAUUACGUACCUGUUCCAAAUUUGGUGUAUUUUUUUCCCAGUCUGUCAUGACGUGUGAGCAUUUCUGUGCCUGAGAAAGAGACAUUGUUGAGCAUUGAGGCGCCUCCUUGCACAUAGAUCUAAUGACAGUUACAGGUUAAUCCACUGCUAAUAUUAACUGAUGUUCCUUAGUGUCCAUUUUCACAACUGUACACUUCGCUGCUUGUGCAUAUGUCAAUUAAAAUGUUAAUUUUGCAUGCAACAAACUUACCACUCAGGCAGGUAGUUUCCACUUGUAAUGAAAACGCAAUUAACGCUGCGUUACAAGUGUCUAUCCUAUUCAUUGCUAUAUAUUUAAUGACAGAAGGUGCUUUUUCCUUCACUUUUGUAUAUGCAAGAUGCCUUAUUAGCUUUUAAUAGUAUGUAUACAUUCAUCUGUCUCUCCGCCCAGUAAUAUUAUGUAGCAUUUUGUACUGGUGUAAUCUUUUUUUUUUAUAUAUAAAUAAAUAUUUUCUAUAUUUA